GCAUUUGAAGAUAUUCACCUGCAGAAGAGAAAAAAAGUGAAAAUGCUCCUAGAGUACGCUGAUAAAAUAUUUACCUACAUCUUUUUUAUGGAGAUGCUUCUGAAAUGGGUAGCAUAUGGUUUGCACAGUUAUUUCACAAAUGCCUGGUGUUGGCUUGACUUCAUCAUUGUAUGUCUGUCAUUUGUUUCCUGGGGACUAAGUACUGUUUCCAAAGACACAUCACCUUGUUCUUCUGGGAGUGCCCUGAAAUCUCUCAGGACUCUUAGAGCAUUGAGGCCUCUACGAGCCUUGUCAAGAUUUGAAGGAAUAAAGGUUGUUGUGAAUGCGCUCUUGGGAGCUAUCCCCUCAAUCUUGAACGUUUUGCUCGUCUGUAUUGUCUUCUGGCUCCUGUUUAACAUUGCAGGGGUAAAAUUACUUGGGAAAAAAUUUUGGAAAUGCAUACUCAAGAAAGGAAAUAUCAGUCUAAUUGAUAACAAAGAUAAUUGUACUUUCUAUAAUGGAACAUGGACAAAUAGUGAUGUAAACUUUGAUAAUGUUGGGAUGGGAUACUUGGCUCUUCUGCAAGUGGCAACUUUUAAAGGUUGGAUGGAUAUUAUGUAUGCAGCAGUGGAUUCACGUAAGAUAGAUGAACAGCCGAAGUUUGAAGCAUUCUUAGCCAUGUACAUGUAUUUUGUGAUUUUCAUUAUUUUUGGAUCUUUCUUCAUGCUGAACCUUUUCAUUGGAGUGGUUAUCAGCAAUUUUAACCAACAAAGGAAAAAGAUAAGUGGAAAAGAUCUAUUUCUGACUGAGGAACAGAAAAAGUACUAUAAUGCCCUAAAAAAACUUGGAUCCAAGAAACCUCAAAAACCCAUCCCAAGACCAUUGAAUGUGUUCCAAGGAUUACUGUUUGAUAUAGUAUCACACAAAGCAUUUGACAUUACCGUGGUGACUUUCAUCUGUCUAAAUAUGGUCAUUAUGAUGGCAGAAAGUAGUGAGAACAGAAUCAAGGAUGUCCUUAAUAAAAUCAACUUCUUUUUUGUGGCGAUAUUUACUGGGGAAUGUGUCAUAAAAAUACUAGCCUUAAGACAUUACUUCUUCACCAGUGGCUGGAACAUAUUUGAUUUAGCUGUUGUGGUCCUUUCACUAGUUAGUAUUGGACUUUCUGAAGGCUUUCGAACUUUGUUCUCUCCUACACUUCUGAGAAUUUUUCGUUUGGCAAGAAUUGGCCGAAUCCUGAGAUUAAUUCGAAAAGCUAGAGGAAUUCGAACUCUUCUUUUUGCAUUACUGAUGUCUCUUCCUGCACUGUUCAACAUUGGUCUUUUGCUUUUUCUAGUUAUGUUCAUUUAUGCCAUUGUGGGCAUGACCAACUUUGCCUGUCUUGGCUGGGAAGGUGGGAUUGAUAACCUUUUCAACUUUCAAACCUUUGAUAGUAGCAUUCUCUGUCUCUUCCAAAUUACAACAUCAGCUGGGUGGGAUGGUCUUUUGGUCCCUCUGUUAAAAGGAUCUGAUUCAUGUGCUCCCAACUUAAAUUUAACAGAUACACAGAAAGAAAAUUGCACAAAUAAGGAGGUUGGUAUUUUAUUUUUUGUAAGCUAUAUAAUUAUAUCAUUUCUCAUUGUUGUAAAUAUGUACAUAGCUGUCAUUCUAGAGAACUUCAGUGUUGCCACUGAAGAAAGCACAGAUCCUCUUUGUGAGGAUGACUUUGAUAUGUUUUAUGAGACCUGGGGAAAAUUUGAUCCUCAGGCAACACAGUUUAUUGAAUAUUCUGCUCUUUCAGACUUUGCAGAUGCUCUGACAGAACCCUUACGCAUUCCAAAGCCUAAUAAAAUUCAGCUUAUAUCCAUGGACCUCCCCAUAGUUAGUGGAGAUAAGAUCCACUGCUUGGAUAUCUUGCUUGCUUUUACUAAAAGGGUCUUGGGAGAAUCUGGAGAUUUGGAUGGUCUUGAAUUACAAAUGGAAGAAAAAUUUAUGGUUGCCAAUCCAUCUAAAGUUUCUUACAAGCCAAUUACUAGUACCCUUAAAAGAAAACAAGAGGAGGUAUCAGCUCUUAUUAUUCAGAGGGCCUUCAGGAGGUAUUUGAUGCAGCGUUCUUUUAAAAACAAAUCUUUCCUAUACCGUCAUAAACAUAACAGUGCUGUCUUUGAAGAAGAAACACUUGAGAAGGAUUGUCUUAUUGCAUCAAUGCUUAAUGAAAAUAAUGGUAGGAAGCUAGAUACUAGGACUACAUCUUCCGUAUCUCUCCCUUUAUUUUAUGAUGGUAUUGCUGAAACAGAUAGCAAUAACAUCGACACUUAA